AUGUCGUAUGUUAGCAAUUUCAAGAAAACUUUAUCUAAUUUGCCCGCUCAUAAUACUAACUACAGUGAGCUUAUAGAUCGUCCUCGCGCAGAACUUACUGAGAGUGAAAUUCAAGAACUAGAAGAUUUUGAAUUCAAUCAUGGACCAUUAUCGCUCAUACAAAACUCCAUUAAAAGCGGUAGUCCCGUCAUGAUACAUUGCAGAAAUAACCACAAGCUUCUUGCAAAGGUGAAAGCAUUCGAUAGACACUGCAACCUCAUUUUAGAGGACGUGAAGGAGCUUUGGACGGAGACAACGAAAAACAGCAAAGGCAAGGUCAUCAAGACCACGUCAAAGGAGAGAUAUGUUGUAUGGUGCAAGUUCAAGAUGCUGGCCAUCUUCAACGAGAUCGAGGUUCAAAGUCUUCGAAACGACGUGGUCCUCUUGGAGAUAAACAUUGAGCUAUUUCUUCAAACACUCAAAAACUUUGAAAAGGCCGACAGUCAUGACUUGAGCAUCAGGCUUCAGAGGAAGGAGGCAUCAGCGGAUGGUACUACCAGUGGGGGAGGCAGAACAGCUUCUUUGGCUCUCUACUACUCAGAUCUCACUACUACAGCCAACACAAUCAAUCAUACCUUUAGAAUUCCCGUCAAGAUUCUCAAAGGAUCCUCAGAUCUACUACAGGAGCCUGAGCUCCCCAAGGUGGACCUCAUGAUGCGCCUUCCCAACGAGUUCUCCUCCACAUACAAGCGUCUCGAUAAGUUCAAGAAGAACCUAGCAAGCGAUCUAAAGACGAGGGGCUACCUAGGCUUCGUUCUUCACGAAGAGGGUAAGUUUAGAGUGACGAUUCGGUGGAACGACAAAUUGGAUGUCCAGAAGCCGAAAGUUCCUGACCUAGACACUGACAGCCUUCGAGCCCAGGCGCUUGCUGAGCCAGAGGACGACAAUUGCGAUCAAGAUGACACGGAAGACACGGAAGUCGCGGUCAAGCUUAAAGAUUGGAAAAUGGCAUCCAAGAUCGUCAGCACCUGCAAAACCAUCAUAUUUCUCAUGUGCCACCAGGAGGCGUGUGUGCUACAUUGUUUACUCGACGACACUGACGACGUUGAAGUACUUUACUAUCUUAGUGGGGUCAAGAUUAGGGAUAUGGAGGAUUAG